CUAAAAUCCUUCACAGUCAUGGAUGCGCGAAUUCCGUCAGUGCACAGCCCACACAAGCCUCACUCCCCAGGAUCAUGCCCGACGCCCUUCCCCAAGGCUGCGUCAGUCGGGGUUUCAGUGGCCGCAUGAGCAUCGCCUCUCUUGGUCAUUUCGGCCCCGUGUGGCUGCAGCCUGGAUCACAAUCCUGGUAAGAAAUCUCCCACCGCAACCAAUCAUACCUUCAACAGCAAAGACUCUCGGUUGCCUGCCCACCUGGAUGGACAGCCUGACUCCGCCUAGGCAUUCGGCUUCAGGCUUCUCCCGCCUGACUCAAUCAAUUUCUGGAACCUUUGCACCCCAGAUCGGCGGUCUAGGGGCUGUUGGUACUGUCGCAUGCCAUCUUCAAGUUUUCGUUAUGUCAGGAAAUGGUGAGGGUGUCCUUAGAUGCGAUAUUCACCUCUAUCUACCUCCUGGAGCACGAAACAUCUAAGAGCUCGGUCCAAACCUUACCGACACAGGACGGCAUACAAGUCAAACAAGCUCAUUGAGGAUUGGGCCCAACUAUUCUGAGAUUCCCAAAUAAGCUCGCAGCGACCACUUACAACUAGGCUGCUGAACAAACGCGAUUCGACCAGUCUCUCCAACACGAUGGGCUCCAAGGCUGCCGUUACAGACACGGUGCCUUCGCGUCCCAUCGCGAUGGUCUCGCUGGAUGGCGGGGGUGUCCGCGGACUUUCAUCUUUGCUGAUUUUCCGGCUUCUACUGAUUCUCGUCACUGAGGAGCUCGCUCGGAGGAACGCUAUACCAAAAGAUCAUGCCACUUUAAACCCUCAGGAUGUCUUCGACAUUGCUGUUGGUACCAGUACUGGGGGCCUGAUUGUCCUGAUGCUGGUAAAGUUGAACAUGUCCAUCGACGAAUGCAUCGAACAGUACAAGAUUCUCUCCGGAAGAAUCUUCGCCAAAGAACGGCCAACCCUGCAAAGAGUGUUUGGGGACUGGUCCAAGUUCUCAGGCAGAGAACUCGAAAAGGCCAUCGAGAACCUACUGGCUUCAAGAGGACAACCAUACGAUCUCAAAAUGCGCAGCGCACACGCAAACAGUAUGCAAGGAACAGUGCUUUGUCAUGAAAGACCAAACCCUCAUCCGAUAUUUUUCUGUACGCACGAAUGUCAAGGACCAUACCGGGAACAAAUGUUGUCAUGCGACCUGGAACUGCGACAAGCAGCCCGAGCAACGUCUGCGGCUCCCUCCUACUUUGAACCAAUGAUCAUCAGAGGACGCUCAUUCACGGACGGAGGCAUCGGCGAGACAAACAACCCGUCUUGGGAGGGCAAACUCCAUUACCACAAAAACCACGGACUGGAGGAGGAUGAACAGCUGGUGAUGAUCAAUAUUGGAACAGGGACUCUACCGGAGGACUUCUUUGCCAAACCGUUACCGACACGGCCAUGGUGGACAAGACUGGUCCCCAAUGGAGUGGUCAACGCUCUUGGUCUUGUCUCAGAUCUGGUCAAAAUCGCAACAGAGUCGGAACAACGCGCAAUCGACCUAUCAUAUAUUUCCAGCAUCAUUCCCGAGCAAUUCUUCUUUGACCGUUUCAGUGCCGACACUGGUAUCCACGAUAUCAAGCUGGACAACUGGCGGGCAGUCAAAGACACCGAUGGGCCCAGCGAACUUGAAGUCAAGACCAAUGCAUACCUCAAGAAGCCAGAAGUAAGAGAACGUCUGGUCACGGCAGCUAAGAGGUUGGCGGACGUCUACAUGACGCGGAACAAGUCUGCAUCUCCUUCCAGUGGGCCUUCGGAAGAGAUCUCUGUCAUCGGUUCCGUUGGAUCCCGGGAGGAUCUCGCCAGAGUCGAUCUGACCAUCCAGCUGGGUUACGAUGGGAGUCUCCCCGGGCGACGACGAUCCAGCAAACGAGAAAGUAUACCUGUAUUACUCAGCCCAGCGGCAGGUGCAGGUGACAAAGCCCCCAGCCUUGUUACUAGUUCCGACCCAACACGCUCACCUGAGACUUCAUCGCCACCCACCCCCGACCCAGCACGCAAAUCACUGGUGAAGCAGCCCGAAAUCACGGUUGAACCUGAAGACUACCUUCAAGGCGAAGGAGACCAAUUUGAGCCAAAGGACGUCCCAAUCACACCGCUAUCGAGUCUUACUUCUUCGGCACGGUCGCCAACAAGAAAGCCGAAGCGUGCCUCUACAUAUCCACCACGGUCGAGUCCCAUCCUGGACGAGUAAUGCUGCAUUCAUACCCCUUUAAGCAUCAGGCGUCGAGCGUGAGCAUCGAGCGUUGAGCAUCGAGCGGUCUUGGGACAUUGUUCGCCGAGUUGUACGAUAUCCAUCCAUUGUUGAGUGAGCGUUGUUGCCUCGUACAUCCGUCAUUGGGUUUGGGUUUGGGUUUUUGGGUAUGGAGAGUCUUGAACCGCUACGCUCCACGAAAAAGCGCAGUGAAUUGUUCUGAUCUGUUCUGAUCUGAUCUGAUCUGAUCACAGCAUGUUUGCAUGUAGACUUGUACCUUAGACAUACAAGCGAUAUGGUCAUUGGCGCGGCAAGGUUCGAUGACACACCUUCGGAAGAACAUCCCCUGGACCUUGUCAAUG